AACCCCCAAUGGAGAAAUCACCUUGCAUUCGUGCUGAGACGGCUGGUCGCCCCUCAGACCGAGGCAGAUCGGUCGCUGUGCAACAAGAACCGCCGAUAUCUCCAAGUGUGGGCAUUUAUCGACCAGACAGGUGCGGUGGGACAGCGACAUCGCUGAGAGAACGAUAUACCCCGAACCCGAAUCCCCCGACGGAGCACAAACGAUUAUACGUCGGGAUCGCUGGGAGGAGGCAAUGAGAAAGAUUUGCACAACCAUGGACAGGAAGUUGGAAGUUUAUGGGUAUAUCGGGCGAGGAAGUGAGUAUUGUUCCAUUCAUAUAUACCGUCACUAGGUUUGCUUUUUUUUUCUUUAUGUUGAUUGUGAAAUUUGCUGACGAGAUUGACUGUCUAGCCUAUGGUACGAUUUUGGUGGCUCGAGAGUCAGAGCCCGAGGACCCGGAGAACCCAAGGCAUUAUGCGAUCAAAAUCCAUCAUCACAAGUCGCUGGAAUGGGCCAAUAUCCAAGGCCACUCGCCAACUAUGGGCCUAUGGAAGGAUGAUAUGUACAUCCCCAUGGAGGCCAUGGGGUUGGCCCUCGUCUGGAAUAGCGAUGUUUUCCCCUCGUUCGACUCGGUGUACACGCAUAAUGAUUGGCAUAUGACAAUCAUGAGCGCAGCCCUCGACUAUGACCCUAUUCGUAAUACGAUCCCAGACGACGACGACGACGAAGAUUGUGCGGCUAUAAACCGCUUUCGUGCCUUCAUCGGCACGCGCUGCUUCGACAAGAAGGAUACGCUCCUCAACGAACAGCAGGCUUGCAAGGUGUCGUCGCAGAUGCUCCGAGGCCUGAGAGAACUGCUUGAUAUGAACAUUGUCCAUGGAGAUAUCUCUCUCAACAAUUUCGUGGUUGGUGAAGACUUUAGUACCAAGCUGCUCGAUCUCGGCCUCAUGUCUUUCGAUGUACAGCAGGACAAGCUGGUCUUUACCGACUGGGCGUGGGUUCCAUUCCAUGAGUAUCAUAUGUUGCCCGAAAUGGCUAUCGAAUUCAGCAAGCCGGAAAUCAUCGCUGCCUACAAGACAGAACGGCAGCAUAGGGUACAUGUCAAAAGCCACGGUUCCAUGAUGGAUCUGUGGAGAUCCUCUUGCAUUGCCUUCAUGCUGGCCCACGGCCAUGCCCCCUGGGAGAACCCUGAGUGGAACGCACAUCUCGCUAGAGUUUGGAGAACUCACGAGUCGACUGGACUGCAGGACGGCGAAAACUACCGUGAUUUUUGGAAUGCCCGCAUAGAAGAACGAAAUGCUCGCCGUGAUAGGAUUAUCAACGAAGAAUGCCCCAUGGCUGAACAUUUGUCGCAGGAUUGCAUUGACGCCUUCCGAGUGAUGCUCGCCCGCGACCCGUCGCAGAGACCAAAUGUCGCUGAGUUGGAGACAUUUCCUUGGUUCCAGAGCUCCUGGAUGGACCAAGACCUCGGGCGACGUGCGCACUUUGUUUCCCAUAUCAAGGUUGACUUUGAUGAAGGACAUGGUCCGAGUGCCUGAGUGAAAUGCAGAUCGCUGUUUAUUGCGAGCAGAUCCAGAAUCGCUAACUUGAUGAGAGAUAGAUCGAGACGGCAUCGACAGACAGGCCGAUGUUCCCCGCUCCAAACUACAGCUAAGAUGGUACAUUAGAAGGGUUUAUAGAAUUAAGCUGUAUGAUUGUUAUAAUUGUCGGGAUCUUGCUAGCACUGUCCGAGUUGAACAUACGUCAAUGAGAUACAAGCAAGGUGAGUUCCCCUAAAAAACGAAUCCAAAUCAAACUGGG